AUGCGACGCCUCACCCAACAUGCGACGCCUCACCCAACAUGCGACGCCUCACCCAACAUGCGACGCCUCACCCAACAUGCGACGCCUCACCCAACAUGCGACGCCUCACCCAACAUGCGACGCCUCACCCAACAAGGUUACAGCAGAACAUUUGACACAGGUUACAGCAGAACAUUUGACACAGGUUACAGCAGAACAUUUGAUACAGGUUACAGCAGAACAUUUGACACAGGUUACAGCAGAACAUUUGACACAGGUUACAGCAGAACAUUUGAUACAGGUUACAGCAAAACAUUUGACACAGGUUACAGCAGAACAUUUGACACAGGUUACAGCAGAACAUUUGAUACAGGUUACAGGAGAACAUUUGAUACAGGUUACAGGAGAACACUUGAUACAGGUUACAGCAGAACAUUUGAUACAGGUUACAGGAGAACAUUUGAUACAGGUUACAGCAGAACAUUUGAUACAGGUUACAGGAGAACAUUUGAUACAGGUUACAGCAGAACAUUUGAUACAGGUUACAGGAGAACAUUUGAUACAGGUUACAGCAGAACAUUUGAUACAGGUUACAGGAGAACAUUUGAUACAGGUUACAGCAGAACAUUUGAUACAGGUUACAGCAGAACAUUUGAUACAGGUUACAGCAGAACCUUGGCUAUUGGAGAGUCAGCUGUCCAAUAG